UGUAAACCUGUGGCAGGUUCCUUCAUUUUAGCUAACUUUAUGUAACUGUUAACAGUGCAGUCACCUCUGAGGUGACAAAAUAGGCUGUAAAACAGCCAUCUGACAAGUGCUGCAGGAUCUUGAUUUACAUGCAUUGGGCAACUAAUUUAUAGCUCAAAGAAGAAUCAGUAGACUAGUGGCAGAGCUGGGGCGAACAGCUGAAAAUGUCAUCUUAUCUGGCUCAGGAGUUUCACCUUACUAGGAGACAGGAAGAGAUACUGUCUCAGAGAUUAGAGCUGCUACAGCAGAUGGAGACUUAUCGAGGAGACAAAAAGACUAAAAAGACAUGGCAAACUCAAGCAGCUGAUGCAGCUCAUAAAAGAAAUGCAGCACUUUUAAAUGAUAUAAAGGCAGCAGAAAAAAAACUGCAAGAAAGAGUGUGUUUACUUCCACAUCCCGAUACUGUUAAAUUAGAAACUCUCUAUUGGGCAUCAGUAAAAGAAUCUCUUCCCAAGUGGGAACAGUUUCUUUUAGGAAGAGCAGAAGUUCCUAUUGGUUAUAAGAAAAUGAAAACUACAAAGCAGAACAUAAGCUACCCAGAAGAAGAGUCACGAAAAUAAACAUUCUAGUUUCAUUUUGUUUUGUAAUGUAUGGCUUAAACAGACAAGAUCGCCCAGCUCAGGCAACAGAGUAUCGUGCCAUUAAGUUGUAAUGUAAAUUGUUUAAAUGCAAAUGAAUUGUGUUGGAUUGUUUGUUUGUUGAGUUGUGUGCAAUUCCUUUUUGUUCUGUAUUAGAAGCACAAUCCUCAAAAGAGCUUUUAGGAUGAAAAGUGAGAAAUACUGAUGUAUAGAAACCAAACAAAGCAAUUGCCUUUUCAGUACGAAAAGAGUUUUGGGUUGUUUUUAAUCCUCUGCUUUUACAUAUAGGUGCAAUAAGCAAAGACAGAUUCACACAUUGUCUUUUUUUGCUGCAGUUUAUCUGUGCUGUAUUCCUCUUUGUGGAUGAGGGAGAAAGGAGGAAUUUGCCGUUCACAGUAUAGGCAGGCCGUUUGCAUCUCACUGAGUAAGCUUGGUUUAGGAGUCUGUGAAAACCCUCAGGAUAGCAGUUGUAGAAGACACACUUUGAAUUUCCAUGUCUUGUUUUCCCUGAUUUUUGUCAUUGCUACUCCUAUUGUUUUUACACCUCACUCCAGUAACCACUGCUGCUUUUCCUAUCCUCCUGCAGCCUACUCUGUAUUUCCUGUCCAAUGGACAAGUAAAGACAAGAAAAAGGAAACUAAUCUCUAGGAUGUUUUGCUACUUUUAGACUGCUUUUAAUGCUGUUUUCUUUUGGUAUAAUCUACAAGUGAAGACUUUGACUUGGGCAUGAAAAGUUUGGAAGAAACUAAUAGUAGCUGCUAGUGGUUGUCCAAGAACCAAGCAUAUAGAAGUUGAGGAGGUGAUAUUUUCAGCCACUGAAGAGCUCCUGCUUCCUCCUGUAGAGGUGCAGAAUCGUUGGUUUUGGUUGUACAGUGGGCUGACUGGGCAUGAAAAUGUCACUGCUGUAACGCAGUGCUUUUAAAAGGUAUCAGACCAGUAGAAGGUCCUUCAGGUAUUUGACUUGGGCUGCAGAAAUUUCAUCCCUUCUAUAGCAAAGCAAGCCUAGAAAAGAAUACUUCUUUCUUUCUUUCCCUUAUUUUUUUAAUGAGGAACUUGCAUGAGAGUCUGUAUAGUGUUAAAAUUAAACCUCAUAUGCAGCAACAUACUCGCACCCCUGACCUGCAAGUAGGAGUAAGAAGUUUUACCUCUGCCAGCAUAAAAAUGUAAUGAGUGCAAAGUUUUCUGGGUUACUGAUGAAUUGACCUGUGCAUCUCUAUGCUUCAUGGAGAUACACCCUACUAUUAAAAAUAAAAUCACAUCUUUAUGGAGCAUGAAGAGUCACUGCCACAAUAAAAUCAGGAUUUCAGCUGUGAUGUAAAACUGUCGUUCUGUUUUCCGCAGGAAUACUGAGAGUUCAUUUAAAACUUUUCCUAUUGAGGUGUCCAUUAAACUGAUAAGUUUUUACAGAAGCUGCCAUCUUAGAAGUCUCCUGUUGAGUGGGUGUUGGUGUUUGUAACAAUAACGUUGUUUUCAUAAUAUGUGAUGGCAGAUUAGCACGCUUCUCUGCAGUGUUGUUAACAGUUGUAAUUAAGGAAUAAACAGUAAAGGGUGUCAGUCCGAUGACAAUUUCAUCUAUAGUGUCACAAUACAAAAUGUCACAAAAUAUUAGAACUGUUAUAUAACUACAGAAAUAUCAAAUUAGGCUUUCAUCCUCCAAGCAGAGGGCUUAAAAAAAAAACUGGCAUAGAGACCAUUGUAAUUUUAUACCUACUCAGUUCUGUCACAGAGACAACUUGGUAAUAUUUUCUUCUGUAAAAUCACUGUUUGGUUCUCGGUCUGAUUUAGCAGGAAUGUGUAUGGGUCUUAGAACUGUAGAUCUCACAUUUUAAAAGGAAAUAAUUGGAAGCAGUUGAGCAGACAAGGGAAAAACUAUUGGACAUGAUGCAGAAGGUGAAGGGAUGCAUGAGCAGUCAGUUACUAACAAAGGCUAGGAUUCAUCCUGGUCUUUGGGAAGGGAAAUCACUUAAACCAAAUUCUCAGCCCUUAAGUACUUUCUAUGUGUGAAUAAUCUGGGUCUUUAUCGCUUUCUACUCCGCCUAAACGCUGGGACACAAUGCAGAUGCUGUCUCCUUGCCCUUUUUCAUUUCCUGUGGAAGGGAAGUAAAGUGUGCAGAUCGUGAAGGCAUGGCAGCUGCAUGGGUGAGGAUUCUGUAGCUGCUGGAAAAUGCACCUGCAAGCACCGUUAGUGUCGUUUCUGUGCUGCAGUUAACUGCCCAGAUAGUGUGCUUCUGGUUAUUUGGUUCGGGGCAACAAAAUUAAUGUUAAAGUGAAAUGGUCUUUUUCUCAAAGAAGGAAAUCACUCUCUUUCCCACCCUGCAGAGUAGUUUUAGGAACAAUAGUUCAUGUAAUAUAUAGAUAAGUGUAUGUUGUUAUAUAUAGUUAAUAAUGGAGCAUGUCCAGAAGCAGAAAAAAAAAAUCAAGAGAAACUUUUCAGGCAGGUAUGUGUGUAGGUGACUGCUUUCAGAGACUAGGCCUGUAGGCUGAUGUGAUUAUUUAUAUCUGAUGCAGAAUAACCCAGCAGCUGGGGCAGGGAGGAGCACAGCAUGGCCAUGAGGUGCAGGAAGCCUGUGCUUCUUGCCCCAAGCUCUGUGCCAAACCCCGCAGUGGCAGGGAACGUGAUUAUAUGGUGUCUCCUGUUACACUGGGGUUUGUUGAGAACACAGUUUAAUUUCCUAUGCCUGAGCUAGCUUGCCACUUGCCUUUUGAUAGAUACAAAUAUGAGAAAGCAAAUAUUGCUUAUACUGAAAGGUAUUUUAAGCAAAGCAUCCCCCAAACUGAUUGAUACUGAUAUGGCUUAAUGUUUGCUUUAAAUGUGAUCUUGAAUGAGUAGUCGUCAAUUCAAGGCUGUGGCUUUAAAUGUAUUGAUUCUAUGUAGUUAUACCCUAUCUUACAUCAAGUUCUGUUUAUAACCCCCCUCCAUACAUAUGUUACAUUGUAUAGUGUGUGUGUAUAUAUAUAUCAUAAUUUCUUACCGUCUUAGGUAAAUGUUUGGGUGUUUUUUACCUCAGAACAUAACCUGUUACUCUGCAUUCUUAACUUGCUGCUUGCCCUGUUUUGUUAAAAGACAUUUAUGCACCAAUUGUGGUGGUCCUAAGAGCCUAAGAGUUGCUUCUUGUGCUUUCAUGGUGGGUGGGGAAAGCAAUUGAGAGAACAACAGUGAGGAAAACCAAAGGUUUUGCCUGCUCUUAAGUUAAUCUUUGGGUAUCUUACAAGAAGAAAUAAUUAGUCAUCUUUUUUUAGGUUUAUGCAGAGAUGAGUAACCACAGUACUAACCCAGGAGCACAGCCUGUUCACCCAUCUUGUCACCUCUACCAUCACUUUCUCAAGCUUUUUGCUUUCUCAGUUAUUCUGGCUGUGGGGGCAGUAGCAGAAGGCAUGUUAGUUUUCCCUAGGAUAAGAAACUUCUUACUCUGCAGAAUCUUCCUCAAGCCUAUCAAUUUAAUUUGCUAGUGCACAUUAAAUAAUAAGAGGGUUUAGAUGCAUGAUAUUUGACACUUACUCUGGUAUCCUCUUGAUUGUAUUUAUUCAGGGUUGUAUUUUCAUACAUGUUGGGAGCUAGGCUGUAGGCUGAUCUUCCUGUUCUUAAUUUCUGUCUUACUCAUUCAUGUAGGGUAGAUCAGGGAUGUAGAUGCUCCGGUUUGAGUUUAUUGGUGCUGAAAAGUAAAAACCAAGUUUGAAAAAUGAUGCACUUUAAGAUGUUACCUCUGAAAGAAAACAUUUGUUACUCCAUGAUGGCAGUUUUCUGUAUAUUUGAAUAGUGUGCAGAUACAGGUUGACCUUCUGUGUCACCCCAAAUGCAAGCUGUUUUAACAUGUUUGUAAUGCUGAGGUCUUCAUUACAAUAACGUUCUGUUUGCUCUGAUUAUAUUCCAUGGAUAUAUAGCUGAAAUAAAGCUUUGAUCCUGUA